AUGGAAAAAAGGAAGAAGGAGCCUAGAUUGGAAACAAGAACUGGAUGUGAAGCCCGAAUGGAUGUUAAAUUUGUACCAGAAAGUGGAAGGUGGCAUAUCUUUUAUUUCUCUGACGAACACAACUAUGAUCUAUUGGAUACACAAUUCAGUGCUAUGUUGCCUGCCCACAGAAAAAUGUCAGAGGCAGAUAUUAUGCAAAUGAUAAACAUGCUAAAGUCAGGGAUCAGCACCUCACAGAUAUUUGGUCUUCUAGCUAGUCAAGCAGGCGGGUACGAAUUUGUUGGCUAUGGUCCCAGAGAUAUGUACAAUGAGAUUGCUCGGCAAAGGCGUCAAAUUCCUGGUGAUGCAGCACGAGUGUUGAAGAAGUUGGAGGAUAUGCGGUUGAAGGAUCCACAAUUAUAUUUCAAGGCAUGUAACGAUUCAAGAGGUUUGUUACGUAAUUUGUUCUGGUCUGAUGGGAUUAGCCAACUAGACUACCGACUCUUCGGGGAUGUUAUUGCUUUUGAUGCUACGUACAAGAAGAACAAGUAUAGUUGUCCAUUAGUAAUAUUCAGCGGGGUUAACCACCACAACCAAACAAUUGUUUUUGCUGCUGCGUUAAUUGCGGACGAAACUACUGAUACAUAUAUUUGGCUCCUGCGUCAGCUCAUGUUUGCAAUGAGGGGCAAGACCCCGACCUCAAUCAUAACUGAUGGGGCCAUGGCGAUUAGGAAUGCAGUGAGAGCUGUAUUUCCCGAAGUCAGACAUAGAUUAUGCGCUUGGCACCUUAUUCGAAAUACAACUAGCAAUGUUGGAAAUCCAUCGUUUACAUUGAAAUUCAGAAAAAUCAUGUUGGGAGACUACGAGAUUCCCGUGUUUAAGCAUAAGUGGGUUCAGCUUAUUGAAGAAUUUGGCAUUGAGGAUAAGCCGUGGGUGAUCAACAUGUACGAAGAGAAGCAUAUGUGGGCUACUGCAUAUCUAAGAGGAAAAUUCUUUGCUGGCUUUAGAACUACAUCAAGAUGUGAAGGUUUACACUCAGUAGUGGAAGGUAUGUGGGGUCGCGGUAUGAUUUGA